AUGACCCAGACGGUCAACGAAAGGGAGGAUCCCCUCAAUCUGGGCGGCGGCGGCUGGGCAUCCUCCAUCCCACUGCGCACCUGGUCCUCCUACCAUCGACGGCAGAGGAGCGCUCAAAUGUCCAAGAAGCGGUACCGCGACGGCUCCAAAGCUGAGUACGAGGCUUCCAGGAAACAGCCCAAGCAACAGCAUAGCCCUGGCCCUUGGUUCCAACCACCCAGACGGCCCUAUUGGGCCGUGUACUCCAACUGGGGGCGCUGCGGAGGGCCCUGGCGCCCACCCCUGAUGGCAUUCCAGAGCCCUCUGUGCCCAGCGCAGAUGAUCCGGGCCUACGGUCUGCACCCGCUCUGCCUCUGCUGCUGCUCCUGCUGGAGCGGGCCCUGGAACCCCUGUUGGGAGAGACCCCCGGGCAGAAAGAAGCGCUGGGGCCGCAGGGGCCGUGGCCUGCGCCGCCACUCUCGUCGCUCCUUCCCGAGGAACCCACCGAUAGACCUGAGCAAGCUGCUGCGGCCCGUCAACCUUUACGGGUGGCGGGCGCCCGGGAUGCGAGCGCCCCGGAACACCACUCAGUUCAUCAUGAACCAGGUCUACGAAGACAUGAGGCAGCAAGAGAAGCUGGAGCGCCAGCAAGCGGCUUUGAGGGCACAGCAAGCCCAGGCCUCCUCGGGAGGCUCCACUGCCAAGGAGGCGCCCCACAACGGCGUCGAGGAAGACUCGGAGUUGCCGGAAGAUCUGUACGGCUUCAUGCAGGAUUCCUCUCUAAACUUCAGUCCUGCUCCAGUGCAGCAAAUUCAGUCUCCCACCCCACAGCGGGUAGAGGAGGAAGAGAAAAAUGAUGAUGGUGGUGGUGAUGAUGAUGGUGAUGAUGGUGAUGAUGGUGAUGACGAGGUUUGUGAUGGAAAGGAGAGUGAGGAAGAGGAGGACGACGAGGAGGAUAGAGCCACAGAGGAAGAAGAUGUGGAUGAGGAGGAAGUUGAAGAGGCUGACAAUGGCGAAGAAGGAGAAGAGGACCAAGAAGAUGAGGAUAUGUUGGAAGAGGAGGGGCUGGAGGAGGGAGAGCAGAGAGAGGAAAACAAAUUCUUGCCUCUGGGAAUGCCUUUGUCAAUCCUAGUAGGGGACGAAGAGGACAGAGAGAACUUUAUAAACUAUGAUUAUUUAAGCCAAGAACAAAUAAUUCCCAAUGUGCCAGAGGCAGAUCUGUUUAUGGUACCGGACAUUAGCCAUUAG